AUGGCCAGCAGAGCCGCAUCGGAAACAGCAUCCUUCCUGUUUCCGGCGCUCAAUCUCUUUACCACUAACCCAUCGUGCCCGUUUGCGUUGGGGGUUUCGUGCACGGGAAAUGGUGGGCUCCCACUCCAUGGGGUCAGCCUGCGUGGGAGUAGCCGUGGAAGGGGCUGCCAGAGGAGGAAACAUAGGUGUGGCUGCUCGUUGAUUAGGGGUGCGUCGGUGUUCUGCAGAGCGCUGUUGGUAUUUCUGGUGCCUGUCAUAGAUACCCUGGAGUUGAACACAGUAUUCGCUAAAUGUAUUGCAGGUAGGAGCGUUAACAAGCCGAUUGAAUAUAUCGUCAUUGAGGGUAUUUUCCAACCAAAAGAUCUUCAUAUUGUCAGGCUGAUUCUGUUGGCCGGCUUCCAUCAAAUAACGGUCAAAGGUUGCGAGCAGUUCAUUGAUGGUUUUGCUGCCUUGUUUCAAUGUGCUGAGGUUGUACAUUGCUUUCCUCUGGAGUUCCUUGUCCAUGUAGUUGAAAUCAAGAUGUUCGAAGAGUCUGGUCACUGUAUCGUCGUUUACCGCAGUGGGAGAAUCGGCGUUGGCAAUCAUCCAUGGGAGAAUAUGGCUAGCCGCAUUGCCAGACAAUCGUCCAUAAGCAUACCAGAGGCAUUCAUAGGGACCACCCAGAGCUUUCCUGUCAACGUGAAGUUUCGCUUUCAGGAGAUGUUUGAAGUUCUGAUAGGAAGCAAUAUCUCCCCUAAACACCUCAGGAUCAGGCAGGAUCUGUCGGGGACGCUGGUGCGUGUUAUCGCUAUCAUUCCCUUGGCUCAUAGUGCUUGGGGUCCCCGGUGA